AAACCUGAUAAAGCUGUGUAAAGUGUUGAACUUUGCAUCUGUUGUGUGCGGUGAAACUCAUUUUUCCUGACAUCGCCUGCACCAACAGUGGGAGGAUCUGAGCUUUACACGUUUAAAUUAGGAGAAUGAAUAUCCUUUAAAAAAAAUAAAUGUCAUGAGAAACGUAAGUGCAAUUUGGGCACAUUGCUGUUUGCUGUUUAGUCCUGGGCCUCAGUGUUGUUUUCUUUCCACUUCUCCUUUCCAAAACAGUCGACAAAUUAGGGCUGACAGUUAUUUUCAUGGAAAAACUGCAGUCUUCUAUGCAAUUUUCGCACUUUGCAAAUUCACGCACGCCUGGCGUGUGUUUGACACCUGUGAAUUAGAAGCCAGCGUCUGCGCCUGAAACCCUGCAUUCAUUAAUUAUUUAAUAUUUAAGUAAAUACCCUGCUAUUCAUGCUUGUAACGCUUGGAGCGGUACGUUACUGCGCAAUACUACUUUAACGGCGAGCUUAAAUGUGAAACUUUUAGUCUGAAUGUUGACGAGGACGCGUUAAGGACUUCACUUUGUAGGUUUUUUGUAAAAGAAGCACGUUUUUGGUUUUUCUUUUUUUUUUUUCCUGGUUGGUUUUGAAAGCUACAGGGGGCGUGCCGUGACCCCGAGGCGGUGGGUGAUGCUCUGCCAGGAAAGUAAACACACCAUUCCGCCAAGAUGGCCCCGCAGUCCGUGCUCCGAGCGGCGCUCCUGGUGUCGUUUUCAGUUUUCCUCACUGUUCUGCUGGGCUUCGGGCUGCCUGUCCUCCUGAACGCCGUCAUGAGGAUGUUGGGUUUGCCGGAGACGAGCGUGACUGAGUGCAUCGUGGUGCUCUAUGUCAUUUUUGUGCUGUACGUGGCGACGCCUCGAAUCCCAAGAGGACUGGUGGAGGUGAAAGGGAAAGCUGUGCUUAUUACAGGCAGUGACACUGGAUUUGGACAUGAACUUGCAAAGCAUCUGCACAAGCUUGGCUUCACUGUCUUUGCUGGAUGCCUUCUUAAGGAUAAAGGCGGAGAGGGAGCAAAGGAGCUUGAGGAGUUUCAUUCAGAUCGCAUGAAAGUAGUGCAGCUGGACGUCUGCAGCGAAGAGCAGGUCAACAAGGCUGUGGAGUACAUAAAGGACAACCUGGGGGACUCUGAAAGAGGUCUGUGGGCCGUGGUGAACAAUGCCGGCGUGUCAACCUUUGGAGAGGUAGAGUUUACCUCCAUGGACACCUACAAACAGGUGUCGGAGGUCAACCUCUGGGGAGCCAUCAGGGUCACAAAAGCUGUUCUGCCGCUAAUCCGCAGGGCGAAAGGCCGUGUGGUGAACCUGGCCAGCAUGUACGGGAGGAUGGGUAAUGUACUGCGGUCACCCUACUGCGUAUCUAAAUUUGCCUUGGAAGCUUUUUCCGACUGCCUCCGCUACGAGAUGAAGGCGUGGGGCGUGAAAGUGUCCAUAAUUGAACCGGGAAACUUCAUUGUGGCGACCGGCAUCCUUACCCGUGACAUUGUGGCCACCACGGCCAAUAAGCUGUGGAAUGAGGCGCCCUCAGACGUGAAGGAGGAUUAUGGGAAAACCCACUUCGAGCACCACAUGGCUCUGAUGCGCUCUUACUGCAACAGUGGGCAGAAGGAUGUGGUCUCGGUUCUGGAAGACAUCACCGAUGCCAUCAUGUCCAAGCGUCCCUACACGCGUUACAACCCCAUGGAGCCGCACUGGUGGAUCAGAAUGCAGGUCAUGACCCAUCUGCCCGGCGCCAUAUCCGACCUUCUCUACUUCUAAAGCUCUUUGCGUACUAGCUCCCUCUGUUAUAUAUCCGAUAGCAGCGCAUUCUACGUAGUUACGCAGAUCUACAGACUCUCUGCUAUGUUUUCCUCAGCACUUGAAAUCAUUCACUGAUUGCGCCUUAAAAUGUAAUGUUUUUUUUAAAACUGUAAGUAAAUUAUUGAACUGUUGCUUUUCCUGUUUCAGAUAAGCCACUUUAUCUAUACAGCUAUUUCCUCUGAUGAGUAGAAACUACUUAGUGUUAUCAGCGGGGCUAAGAUAGCGCUUGUUGCUGUAUAUACCACAUCACCUUUUUGUCUUUUUACUUCCCGACGCUGGUGACUUGUGGGGGAACUUCUGGAGCUCAAGAGAAGGCUCCUGCUGUUCUGUUGUGGCCGUCGCCGGAAACAAACCAAGGUCAGCUACUGUAAGACCGUGGUGAGAGUUUGGCCCGGCUCGCCCCAAAGUUACGCAACACCAGCACAAUCCCACUUUGUCUCGCAUGCUCCACAAAAUCCUGCGUGCCACUGUGACACCGAGGUCCGGUGAUGCGAUUAACGGCACAAAGCGCUUGUCCCCGCCGCAAGUCUUUGCCAGUGUUUUUGUACAUACGCGACACUACGAAUGAAUAGAGCAUUAUAUUUUAAAAAUAUUACACUAUCGUUUUAUCAAGAGUGACUUGAAAUAAAGUGACCGAAAUGUG